AGAUUUAAUUUAUAUAAAUUGAUUUGCUUCGAAUGCUAUUUCGUCUUCUGUUAUUCUAUUGUAUAGUAUUUGUAAAUUACAAGAUGUGUUUUAAAUUUUUUGUGUUUUUGACACUUCUCAGUGUGUCCUUUGGUUCGCCAUUGGGCUCAAAUUUGAAUGACCUGCACGAGUUUAUGGAUAACGUGGAUUCAGAUAUAGACGAAUUUACAGAACGAGUCAUCUCAGUCUAUCGUGAAGAAGAGAUUACAAUGAGAAGCAUGAUAGCUGAAACCCAAGAUAACUUUCUAAAGAAUCUUAAUGAAAGCGCAGAGCCCUACUUCAGUUAUAUUCAAGCUUUAAACCAAUCGGCCGAAGAACAAGGACAGAAUAUUUCUAGCUGCAUAGAACUUGGAAACGAAGAACUGGAUUCCUUAAUGAUCAACUACACCUCAACUAUUUCCUCUGAAAUUGACGAUUUUGCUACCAACAGCACGCUUAUUCUUUUAAAUUACUUUGAGUACGCUUAUCACAAACCAAGGGAACAACGUAACGAGAUGUGGGAGAAAGUGAACGACUGUCACCACAACUCGUGUGCCCUAAUAUUACUAGCUGAACUGAUGGAAGAGUACGAUGAACUAAAAGUUCAAAUGAUAUCCGCAUAUUCUAGCGCUUUGCACUAUUUUAACGUAGAGUUUCCGAUAGGUUUGUCUCAGUUCACAUUUGAUAGUGUUGCUUUUAAUGCUAGUCUUAAUGCUAUUAUUCAAGAUGUAAAUAAUUGCACUGAAAGUGCUUAAAGUAUAAUUUAUCAAAAAUAAUGUUAUAUCUGUUUAGUUAGUACUCUACUUCAGAGAGAGAGAGAAAAAUACUAUAUGUCUGUUAUAGAUUUAUUACCUUACUUAUCAUACAUAGUGAAUCAACAUUAAAAUAUAUAAAAUAUUUCUAUAAAGUAUAAUAAAGACCUAUAAUAUUA